AUGUCCAGCCCAUCCAUCCAACAUCUCAAACUCCUCCUCUCCGCCACUGCGAACCGCAGCGAUGCCCUCAUCAGCCAUCUCUCCCGCCUGCUCACUACCCACAAGGGCCUCGCCUCCAGCCUCACAACCCUUUACUACACCCUGAUGUUCGUGCACUCCCGCUUGACCCGCAUAUUGGAGCUUCGCUAUGAGAAACUCGCCUUGAGCAUCGCUUCAAAGGCCUCCGGUGCUCUCCUCCCGGGCGAAACAAUGGUCGCGCACAUCGAAGCACCGCACCUGCGCCUGACGCAAUGGUGUGCCGGAGUGAAAUCGCUGGGCGAUGCGACUGAGGAUGUGAGAUUGUUCUUGAGGUUGUUUGGAUUACUGGGUGUGUACACGUGGGCGAAAGAGACGUAUGUGAAAGAGCAUCGAGAUCCUGCGAUCAAAGUAUUGCUCUGGGCGCGGAUAGGUGCAUACAGUGGCUUCCAAAUCUUUGAAAACCUGGCAUAUCUGGUCAGACGGGGAGUGCUACGAGGAGACAGAGCCACGGCGAACGAGGCGAAAUGGUGGGCGUGGAGUGGGAGGUUCUGGGUUGCCGAGGUUGUGCUGGAGUUGUUGAGAUUGGCGAGAGUGAGGCAGUUGCGGUAUAACGAAGAGUUCGGAGCCGAGAAGGUUGUAGAUGAUGGAGUAGUGACAGUUCAAAGUCAGAAGCUGAAAGAGAAGUGGUGGUCAGACCUGUACGCAUAUGGCGGCUGGCUUCUGCCAGGAAUUCACUUCAGCUUCCUUGACGAAGAGCACAGUCCAGUAACGGAGGCCUGGAUGGGAGCUUCGGGCACGAUGCCGGGCUUGAUUGGACUCAGGGAAGCAUGGCGUGAGACAGCAUGA